GACGAGAGCAAAUCCCUCGAAAAUACACCUAACAAGCAAGGAACGUCUUUCAGAGAUUUGCUUUGUGAAGAAUUACAAGUGGAUAAGGCGCUGUUGCUUUACAAAGGAUUUUAUUUCCUUUUUUUCGCUGGAUUUGGGGCUUCUUUUCCAUAUAUGGCGUUAUAUUUCAAGCAAAUUGGCCUUAAUGCCAGUUCAGUUGGAAUAUUGGCCGGAAUAAGGCCCAUGAUACAAUUUAUAAGUGGACCAUUCUGGGCAAUGUUAGCUGACAGAUAUAAAGCAAGGAAGGCCGUUUUGUUGUUUUCUAUUUUGUCAUGGUUGGUCAUGACCCUGGCGUUGUUGAUUCCUAAACCUUACAACACAUAC